AUGUUUUUAAAGUAUAAUGUUGACUUUAUCCUAGUUUUGGUCGAUUUUUCGGAUUUGGAUUCUAAUCUAAAUUUGACACAUUGUUAAAAUAAGAUAAUUUAACAUUAGAAACCAUUUUGAAUGAAGAAGACAUUUUGUCUGAAUUAAAAAAUUCAAGUUCAGGUAAAUUUGCUGAUUUGUAAGAUAAAAUUUUAAACUAUUCUCUAGCAUAAUUCAGCAUCCAUAGGAAUACUUUAAAAUGAUUCAUUACAUUAUUAAUAAUGUAACUGAUUAACAGUAUGAUAAAAAUUUAUGCAUAAAGUAAUAAUAUAACAAUAUACAUUUCUAGAUAUCCAUUUUUGAUAAGUGAAAUAUUAGGUUCUGAAAAUGAGAAAUUAAUUAAUUUCUUAUUUGAAAAACAAGGAGAUACAUCCUAAGAAGAAGUUUAAAAUCCACUUGAAGAUCAACGAACUGAAAGUUAACCUUAAGAAUUCUAACAUGAUAAUGAAAAUUUAAGAUAGAAUCUACUACCAGAUCUAUUAUCUCUAUUAGAAAAUGAUUCCAUCCUAAUAACAUCAGCUGGGUAUUUUACCAAAAUAAUAUCAGCCAUUAUUCAUAAAAGAGGAUAUGAUGUAAUUCUAUUAAUAAAUUAAGUUUUGGGACUAUUUAAAAAAUAACCCUGAUAUAAUUACUAAUCUAUUUAAACAUGCAAGUAUAAGACAUAUUACUGAAAUAUUUGAAAAAUUGAUCAUUUUAGAUACAUGUUAAGAAGAACAUGAUGAUAGAUUAUAUAUAGAAGAGAGACAAAAUUUAAUCAUUAGAAUACUCAAAUAUUUAAGAGGUUAAUCAUAUUCAAAUACAAUCAUAACAAAUAUAUGUGAAUCACUUAUAGAAGUAUACAAAAGAGUAAUGAUGUCUCUUGAGUCUAUGGUAGUUUUGAGAGAACUCUUAUUAAAUAUUGAAAAACCCAUAUUCUUUAUGAAUUUAGCAAUACAAACUUAAAAUAGUUCUUUAUUUAAUUUACUCAAUGUUCAAUAUGAGUUUUAUAACAAAAUGUCAUAGCUUGAAGAUAAACAUUACGAAAUAGAUUUCUCUAUUCUUUAUAAACCAAUUUUAGAUGAAUCAGUAAAAGCUUUAACUUAAUAGGAUAUAUUUAGAUCAUCUUUUUAAACUACAUAUGGAGAUAUAAUUAAACCAUUAGGUGAUUCAAAAUUGUCAUUAAUUUAAUUAAUUAUAUAAUUAAUACAAAAAUAAUAAUUAGCUCCUAUUAUUGAAAAAGGAUAAAUAUUUUAAUAAAUUAUUAAUUUAGUUAUUGAAUAUCAAACAAACAAUUAAUUACAUAUUUUAUUUGAAAAAUUAAUAGUUGCUAUUUUAGAUUCUAAAAAUGAUCAUUUACAUGAACUCUUUUUUGAGGAUACCAAUUUUUUGAAUUUCCUCAUCAAAAAUAAUGGUUUUGAAGAAAGAAAGAAAAAACAUUGUUAUUAAGGUAUCUUAACUAAAAUAACAAAUUAUAUUAAUUCUCCAAAUGUCCUUUAAUAAUAUUAAAUUGUAUAAAUUGCAAUUUCCAGCAUACAAAAUGAAUGGUUAAAAUAUCUUGAUGAGUUAAAAGUAGUUAAUGAAGUUGAAUAAUCAUGGUUAUUUGGAGUAAAUCCAAGAUUCAGAGAAUAAAUAAAUGUAGAUUCUUAUAGUCCUCCUAUUUAAUUCCCUGAAUCUCUAGGUUCUGGCUACUAUCAAUCCACCAAUUCUUCUAAUUCAUAAACAAAUGAAAAUCAAAAAGAAUCUGAAGAAGAUACUUCUGAUAAUAAUUAAAAAGAAAUAAUUGAUCAACAAGCAGAUGAAUUUGACUCAGAAGAAGCUUAAAUAGAAAAAUAAUAACCACCAGUAGAAGUUGUUCAAGUGGAAGAAGAAAAUAUUGAAUCAUAAGAAGAGUAAUAGCCUUAAAAGCAUGAAUAAUAAAUAUUUGAUUCUCCAGUCUAUGUUCAAAGUGUUUAGAAUGAAGAAUAAGUAAAUGAGAAUCUUAAAUAAACAAAGGAGUUUUAAGAAGAUCCCAAAAAAUUAGAAUAAGAUGAGUAAAAAUUAGUCUAACAAGAAGUCUAAUAAGAAGAAUAAUUAAAUGAAUAAAUAGCUGAAGGGAAAUAAGAAUAAUAGAAUAUAAUUUAAGAAGAAUAACCAAAAUAAGAGGAAUAAUAGAAAUAAGAAGAAUAAUAAAAAUAAGAAGAAGUAUAAUAGAAUAUACUUAAAGAGGAACCAAAACAAGUAGAGUAAUAAUAACCUCAAAUUGAAUAAUAACCAUAAACUGAAGAUCAUGCAAAUUCAGAAUAAAUAGAGCAAAAUAAAUAACCCUAAGAUGAGGUUUGA